AGGGAAUCUGAACGCAACCCUGCAUGGGUUUUGCGCCCUGAAACAGAACGCGGCCAUUAUGAAAACGCGCGUACCGGCGUGUUUGUUUGUGCUAAGUAACCUCUCUGUACGUGAAAUUUUCAGUUUCUAAUCGCUAAUUAAAGGACUUUUAUUAAAUAUCGAUAGUGUAUUGUGACAAGUAAAAAAUGGAGCUAUUAAACGAUACCAAGGAUAGUUUCGAUCAAUCAUUUCGGUUGUUAAGCCAACAAAAUAUUCAUCAAAAAUCGUUACUGAGGUUAAAUAAUGAUAUUAGUAUCAGAGAAAUGAUGGAAGACAGCACAGCGACUGGAAUAAUUUUGAAAGCGAAUGAACCGUGGCGAGAAGCCAAGACUAAGCUUUACUAUGAUUUCUUACAAAGCAUGCAGUCGCAUUUUUCUGAAGCACAAGUCUUCGAUACUGUUGCUGAUUUUAUACAGAACUGUACAGAUACGUUGGAUAUAAUAAGAGGUAUGCAAUCAAAAGUUGAAAACACUGAAAUAGCAGAAGAGGAAACCUCCUUGGAAAGUGAGAGAAACACCUGGAGAUUGAUAUAUUGCCUUUACCAGAAUCGUAUAACCAGUGCUGGUCUAUCUACUCAAAUGGAACAUGAUGCACAUAUAAACAGUAAUUACAUCUCUGAAAAAGAUGUUAUAGAAAAUUUAUACAAAUCUGAAAGUUACAUUAGGGAGUACCAGUUGAUUAUUGACUGGUUAGAGAAGAAUGCUCUGGAUCAAGCAGAUAGAUAUCCUUCUAUAGAGCUUUUUACUGAUAAGACAAUAGCCUGGGAAAACACAGUUCAUCAGUUGCAAAAUCGAAAUUUAGGAAUUACAUUUGGCUCAUCUAGACCUAUAGUGUCAUCCCUUGACCCUGAUGGACCUAUACGGGAAGGUAAGCCAUUGCAUGAUCUGGACAGAGAAGAUGAUGCCAGACUCGAAAAGAGAAUGUUUAUAGAGGUACGUUGUGGGCGUCUUCAAAAAGCACAAGCAUUAGCCAUGCACUGUGGUCAACCUUGGAGAGCUGCGUGUUUAUUAGGAUGGAUUCCCAAUCACGAUCCAAAUUAUAAUAUCCCACUGACAGACACAAAAUUGCCAAUCGAAGGAAAUCCUGACAGAAGUCUUUGGAAAUUAUGUGCCUGGAAGAUGUCUCAAGAUAAACGCGUAGGUGUGUUCUACCGUGCCAUAUACGCGAGUCUAUGUGGCAAUAUUCAACUACUAUUACAGAUAGCAUCAUCUUGGCAAGAUGCAUUGUGGGCAUACGUGAAGAGUCUCCUGGACAUCAAAGUCGAGUCGGAAAUAAGAGCGACUAUGGCGAGGAUUUACACAGUUAUGCCAGAAGAAUACUGGAAAAACGAAAUCGCUUUGGAAGACGCGUUUAAAGAGCUGCAUGCUUCGAAAAAUCCUCUGAUACGUGUGCAGUCUAACAAACCUGAUCAUUUGAUCCAGAAAUACAUAAUACUGGACCAAACGUCGAAGUUAAUGGGGGAAAUUGAAAGUAUGGUAGACAGUGGUCUCUGCGACUCGCAAUUUCUCAGAUUCUUGGCGCAUUUGAUAUUGUUUUUCAGACAAAUUGGAAGAAGUACGAAGGACAAGAUCGAAAAUAAAGUAUUACUAGCGUACGUGCGUGUUCUCAUCGAGAUGGGCGACUCGACUUUAAUUGCAUUCUAUACAGCCACAUUGCCGCAAGAAGAUCAGAUAACCAACUAUGCUUCUUAUUUGGAGCGUGUCAAAGAACAUGAAGAGCGUAAGAAGUGUCUACGUGCCGCAGAGGACGCCAACUUGAAUGUGGAAGCGAUCACGAAAUUGGUGGUAGAAAAUAUACGUAAGAAGAACUUGGAAUCUGAUCCAACAGACCUGAAAGGAACCGUCACCGAUGCGGACAUUGAGAAGAUCAACGCGCUAGACUGGCUAAUCUUCUAUCAAAAUCAGCGAGAAGAAGCUCUGUGGCAAACAAAUGCGCUUAUUAGAUACUUCCUGACUAACGAGAAGAUCGAUGCGGCACGGAAAGCGUUUAAUAAGGUAUUAAUUGAAGAAUCCAUUAUUAUAGCUAUCACAAUAGUUGUGUUUAAUAGAAAGAGCAGCUGAACAAGCGGUUUGCAU